AUGGAUGUUUUCUACACCGGAUCAACUCAAAGUUUGGCAAAGAGAACACAAAACAGAAUGCCAAAUUUUAGCGAAAAUAAUUUUUUUGAAAAUAAACAAGAAGCAAAACCUUCAAUUGGAAAAUCUAAUCUUUAUUUGAGUGCUGCUGGUUUACAUACUUUGGAAGGGGCGGCAAAGUCUGGAAUUGUUUCCUCUAAAUGGACUAAUAAUAUUAUUUCUUCCCUUCGUUCAAUGCUUGAUUUGGGCCUUUUACAAAGCCCAACAUUUCUUGUUUUGGCAAUUAGUGGUUUCUUAACACUUUUUUGUUUUUUUGUGCCCUUUGCUUUUAUUGGUGAAUUAGCUGCUAAUAAAAUAUCUUCAACAACAACAACAACAAAUAAUUUUAAUAAAAAUGAUACAAAUAAUUUAAAUAAUUCGGAAAGUGGUUCUGCUUCCCAAUUACUUUUGGUUCUUCUUGGUAAGAAAGAUAUAGAGAAAUUGAGGGACAUUUUCUUGUUUUUAGGCCUUUUUAACGUUGUUGGGCGUGUUUUAUGCGGUUACAUUUCCGAUCACCCAAAAGUCGAUCCUUUAAUUGUUUCAAAUAUUGCUUUAAUUAUUGGCGGAAUAGCUACAGCAAUUGCCCCUUUACUUAAUCAACUUUGGAUGUUUGCUAUUUAUUGUUUUCCUUUUGCUUUUGGUGCUGCCAGUUUUGCAGCUUUACGUUCAAUUAUUUGUGUUGAAUUACUUGGUAUUGAACGCCUUUCUAGUGCUUUUGGAAUGUUAAUGCUUUUUAUGGGAGUUGCUGCUCUUUUUGGUAGGGAUUUUUUCCUUUUUUAUUCUUUAGUUGAAAUAAUUUUUAAAAUAUUCUGA